AUGUUUAUUAUCUUGGUUUUGUUAAUUACUCUUGGAGCUAUUUAUUAUUUGGCUAAUGAUCCAUCUACUUUAAAAAAACUUAGAGAGCUUUCAGCUCAACCAACUGGUAAAGAUGCAAAAGUUGACAAAUUAGAAUCAUUACCUGUUAGAAGUAGUAGAAAGGAACAUAGUACAAGAACUGCUCUUCUUGAAGAUACCCAAAAAUCACAAAAAAUGUUAAGUUCAAGAUCUAAUCCUCGUGAAGUUGGUCCAAGUGCCUCAACAGAAGCUUUAAAAAGAGAGGUUGAAAAUAUCGAGGCUACAACACCAAAUACAGCUAUUCAUGCUGAUAAUACAUCUCAUCAUCAACCUAAAAAUAUAAAUUCAAGAAGGACAAAUUUAAAAGAACAUCAUAAGCAACAUUUAGUUAAUAACAUUUCUACUAACUAA